AUGAGGGAGCUCUCGGAAUGGGUUACUGAUCUGCACUUGAUUGAUAUUCCUCUACAUGGAGUAAAGUUUACUUGGAGAAGAAAUGAAUCAAGGAGCAAGUUUGAUAGAGCCUCGUGCUGUCAGGCUUGGAUCAAAAAAUUUACGAAUUUGAAUAUGUGUGGAUUAAAAAGGAGCUUCUCUGAUCAUCAUCCCUUGCUGCUAUCGCUCAAAUCUGGAAACAAUGGGGGUCCGAAACCUUUUCGAUGCUACGAUGCUUGGUUCUUGAAUCCGAAACUAAAAGGUUUCCUCAUGAAUGAAUGGAGAAAUAUCCCGAAUGAAUCCCUACAUAACAAAUUGAAAGCCCUGAAAGCCCCCAUUAAAGCUUGGAAAAGGGAACACUUCGACCACAUGGAUAACAAAAUAUAUGAGAUUGAAGCAGCCAUACAUGACCUUGACAGAAUUUCUGAUACCAGGGACCUGAAUGUCUUGGAAAGGGCCAGACUGAAUGCAGCAAACUGUUUUCUAAAUCAAUGGCUGAUUAAAAGAGAAAGAGUGUGGAGACAAAGAGCCAGAUCAUACGGCUUCAACAUGAAAGAUCAUAACACAAAAUUCUUCCAUGCCGCGACGAUCUACAAAAAGAAGAAGAACGAGAUCCUCCACACGUUCAUAAAUGGCAGAAGGGUACAGGGGGUCUCAUAUCUCAAGAAGGAAGUGAGGGACUACUUUGUACAGAGAUUCAAACAAGACCAAACCCCGGUCUUUGAUUUUAACCUUGAUAACCACCGGAAACUUUCGCCCGAUCAAGCUCAACACCUGGAAAAUAUCCCUUCGAGAGAGGAAGUGCAGGACGCAGUAUGGGCUUAUGGUACUGACAAAGCCCCGGGUUUCGAAGGUUUCAACUUCAAGUUUGUCAGGGAGAUGUGGGAGGUUUUGUAG